AUGGAUGAUGUGAAUGCCAAGCAAUUGAAUGCAAGUAUUGAAUUACUGGAGGCUGCUGAAAAAGGUGAUGAAAAUAAAACCGCCGAACUAAUACAAAAUGGAGCAAUUGGCGCUGAAGUAAAUGCGGAAGUCAAAAAAGGAUGGGGUGCUUUAAUGUUGGCUGCACACAAUGGGCACACGAAAAUUGUUAAACUUCUAGUUGAUAAUGGAGCUAAUGUUAAUAAAACUGUCAACGAAGGGUGUAGCUCUUUAAUGUUGGCUUUACGACACAAGCAAACAUAUAUUGCCGAACUUUUAUUACAAAAAAGACCUAAGAUAAAUAGUCAGUAUAAAGAAUCAAAUGCGUUAAUUUUGGCUUUGCAAAACAAACACGAACAAAUUGUAGAACUCCUUUUAGAAAACGGAGCAGAUGCCAAUUCGUAUAUCCUUAGGAAUCGGAGUCCAUUAAUGCUGACAUCUGAAGAGGGACAUAAAGAUGUGGUCAAACUUUUAAUUGACAAUGGGGCUGAUGUAAACUCGUCGACUGCCUCUUUUCACGAUCACAGAGCAGUCGUUGAUUUACUAGCGAACAGAGUAAAUAAUUUAAAUCACGAACUAAGUAAUGGAUGGGAUGCAAUUAAGAUUGCUAGUAAGAAUGGACACGCUGAAGUUGUGGAACUGCUUCUCCAAAGUGGAGCUGAUGUGAAUACGCUACGAAGCAAAAGGUGGGAUGCAUUAUCCUUGGCCAAAUAUAAAGGGCAUACUUGCAUAGUUGAUGAAUUAAAAAAAAAUUGA